ACGUCUAGGUUUACCUAGAAUGAAAAAACGUGCCGCUCAGCACUCGAUGGAGAUUCUAUAUCUAACGCUUACCAAGUACUAGAACAAACAACGUAUAAGUUUCAAUGGAUUUCACAAAAUCGUAUAUAUACGCAGGUUAUCAUUUGGGCUUAUUACCAACUAGACUGAACAUUAAUAAUGCAACCCUACUUAGUGGUGGUCCUCUGCAUAAUAUCGAGCUCCAAAGCCGAUAUAAACAACAAAUACUUCCCGGAAUCUUUCCAAUUCGGUGCUGCCGGAGCCGCGUACCAGAUCGAGGGCGGCUGGAACGAAGAUGGCAAAGGGGAGAGCAUAUGGGACCAUUUUUUGCACUACAAUAACCCUACAAGCAAAGUCAUCGACGGCACCAAUGGCGACGUAGCAUGCGAUUCGUACCACAAUUGGCAAGAGGACGUGGAUAAUCUAAAGAAGCUCGGAGUCAAGCUCUACAGACUUUCCAUUUCCUGGACAAGAAUUCUACCGGACGGUACUCCAUACCAAGUGAAUCAGGAAGGAAUCGAUUACUAUGUUAAUCUGUUCAAGGCGCUCAAACAAAACGGAAUCGAACCAGUGGUAACCCUCUAUCAUUGGGAUUUGCCUCAGCACCUUAGCGACUUUGGAGGUUUUUUAAACCCCCAACUAGCUGAUUAUUUCGCUGCUUAUGCCCGCAUCUGUUUCGAGAACUUUGGCCCUUACGUCAAGUACUGGAUGACCAUCAACGAACCGACAUCUACGUGUGGAAUGGGCUACAGCAUGGGGCUGUAUGCACCGGGGUACACGUUAAUCGACGGUGGUAUGUACCAGUGCGCUUACGUUACAUUGUUGGCUCAUGCUAAAGCGUGGCACGUCUACAACGACGAGUUCAGAGCUCAGCAGGGAGGGAAAGUUGCCCUAGGCCUGGUAUGCAGCGCCCAGAUGCCGUUGGAUCCCAAUAAUCCCAAAGAUCAGGAGGCGGCCGAAAGGAGCCAUCUAAUGGGUUGUGCCUCUUUCGGUAAUCCGGUAUUCGUCGGAAACUGGCCCCAAGUGAUGAUCGAUAGAAUCGCUGCCAAAAGCAAAGAAGCCAAUUACCCUUUCACGCGGCUCCCGGUGUUCACGCAGGAGGAGAUCGAUUUGAUUAAGGGAACCAGCGACUUCUUACCACUUAACUACUACUCUUCUUCGCUGGUUGAAUACAUAGACGAAUUGGUAGGAUUUCCGCCCAACGCGUGGUUCGAUAUCAGCGUCGUGACUUCCGCUAACAAAUCCUGGCCUCAAGCUGCUUCCCCCUGGCUUACCUCCUACCCGGAGGGACUCAGAAUCAUUUUAAACCGGCUAAACAAGGAUUACAAUCCCAGUGAGUUCAUAAUCACUGAGAACGGCUGGUCCGACACAGGCGAGCUGGAUGAUCAGGGUCGCAUCACCUACAUUCAGGCUCACAUGAGCGCCAUCUUGGACAGUAUCUUAGAAGAUGGCGUCAAUGUUACUGGCUAUACCGUCUGGAGUCUGAUGGACAGCUUCGAAUGGACGGCAGGGUACACGGAAAAAUUUGGGCUCAUCAAGGUCGAUUUCGACGACCCACAGAGGACCAGAACCUGGAAGAGUUCGGCAAAGUACUACCAAAACGUUAUCGCCACCAGGUGCUUGUUGAAUCAGUGCGAAUGAGGAUAUUAUUGAACACUUACUGGGGAAAUAUUUAACAAAUUGUACUGUUCAUAUACAUCAUGUAAAUAAAUCCAACUAUAUACC